GUGAUGAAUCAAGCCGCUUCAAACGUUUUAGUGCUGAGUGACGAUGGGCUGUAUAUGAGGUGGCUAUUUUAGUGUACUCUAAGAUUCACGAGUGGGUUCACCGAAAUUGAUAUUGUGGGUUGAACCGCGGCACAAUUUAUCAUAUGGGACGAAAACAGGGUACAUCCCCUUUAAUUGCCCGCUGCGAGGUUAUGUGUGUAAUAAGUGUCGGUUGGCAAUAACUUGAAGAGGGUUCCCCGACUACAGUCGCUUCGGCUCGGUCCUGCGCUUCGCUGUCGCCAAGUGUAGAAGUGGCAGUCGGUUAGGUUUCUCCCGCAUCCGACCUGGCGUUCCCCCCGGAGUCCAGCUCUUGACAUGCACCGGGCGACUUUCCUGCUGUCCGCUCUGUUCACGCUCCUGGCACCCGGGCCCGGGCCGGCCCUUGGGUACUUCACGGAAGAACGCUGGAGCCCCGAAUCCCCCUUGCUCGCUCCAAGGGUCCUGGUCGCCUUGGUGUGCCGCAACUCGGCGCACUCCUUGCCGUACUUCCUCGGAGCUAUCGACCGCCUCAACUACCCAAAAGACCGCAUUGCUGUUUGGGUAGCGACAGACCAUAAUAGAGACAACACUACUGCGAUCUUGAGGGAGUGGCUGAUCCAGGUGCAGAGCCUCUACCACUAUGUGGAGUGGAGACCGCAAGAGGAGCCCAGUGCGUACGAGGAUGAGACGGGUCCUAAGCAGUGGACCAACUUGCGCUAUGAGCAUGUGAUGAAACUGCGGCAAGCCGCCCUGGAGGCGGCGCGGGACAUGUGGGCCGACUACUUCCUGCUGGUGGACUGCGAUAACCUCCUGACGGACCCUGACGUGCUGUGGAAGUUGAUCAGGGAGAACAAGACCAUCGUGGCCCCCAUGCUGGAGUCCAGAGCCGCAUACUCCAACUUCUGGUGCGGCAUGACCUCACAGGGCUACUACAAGCGUACCCCGGCCUACAUGCCCAUGCGUCGUCAGGAGCGGCGGGGCUGCUUCGCCGUGCCCAUGGUCCACUCCACCUUCCUGCUGGACCUGCGCAAGGAGGCCUCCCGACAGCUGGCCUUCCACCCGCCGCACCCCGACUACUCAUGGGCCUUCGACGACGUCAUCGUCUUCGCCUUCUCCGCACGCAUGGCAGAUGUGCAGAUGUUCCUGUGUAACCGGGAGACGUACGGCUACUUCCCCGUGCCGCUGCGAGGCCAUAACACCCUGCAGGACGAGGCUGACAGCUUCCUGCACUCACUGCUCGAGUACAUGGUGAGGAAUCCUCCUCUGGAGCCGUCUGUCCACCUGACAAUAGCACCCAAGCAGCCGGACAAGAUGGGCUUCGAUGAGGUGUUCAUGAUUAACCUUCUGCGUCGUGCCGACCGGAGAGAGAGGAUGCUGAAAGCUCUUUAUGACCAGGAGAUCACCUGCAAAAUAACACCAGCUGUGGACGGCAAGGCGUUGAACACGAGCCAGAUUGAGGAGAUGGGCAUUAAGAUGUUGCCUGGAUACAGCGACCCCUACCACGGCCGACCCCUCACCAAGGGAGAGCUGGGAUGCUUCCUCUCGCACUACAACAUCUGGAAGGAGAUUGUGUCUCGCGGCCUGAAGACGUCCCUGGUGAUCGAGGACGACCUGCGGUUCGAGGUGUUCUUCAAGCGACGCCUGCAGCACCUCAUGGAGGAGGUGGAGAACCAGGGCCUGGACUGGGACCUCAUUUACAUUGGGCGUAAGCGCAUGCAAGUGGAGCAUGCGGAGAAGACGGUGCCGAGGAUCCGGAACCUGGUGGAGGCCGACUACUCCUAUUGGACGCUGGGCUACAUGAUCUCACUGGGCGGGGCCAAGAAGCUGCUGGAGGCGGAGCCACUGACCAAGAUGCUGCCCGUGGACGAGUUCCUUCCUGUCAUGUACAACAAGCACCCUGUAGAGGAGUACAUGGUCCCCUUCGAGCGCCGCGACCUGCUGGCCUUCUCGGCCGAGCCCCUGCUGGUCUACCCGACGCACUACACGGGCGACCCGGGCUACAUCAGCGACACCGAGACCUCCACCGUCUGGGACAACGAGACGCAGCGCACCGACUGGGACCGCCAGCGCUCGCGCAAGACCCUGGAGCAGGAGGAGCUGAGCGUCCAGGCCCAGAACUCUGACGUGCUGCAGUCGCCACUGGACAGCACCGCACGCGACGAACUAUGAGGAG